GAAAGCAGGUACAAAAGAACAGAAAAAAACACGGUGUCGGUUAAAAUACAACAGGCAGUGAUGGCCGUGCCUGGGGGCGCAGGGGAGACCCUAGAUACUGUCCCACCCCACGUCUGGAAGGGGCUCCCACAGGACCUACGGCUGAGGCCAUCAGCUGUCAAUCAAAGUCGCAUUGGUGUCUGGGCCUCAAGACUAAUCUCUAAAGGAAGACGAUUUGGCCCAUUCCUGGGGGAGAAGAAGAAGAGGUCGCAGGUGACCAGUAAUGUGUACAUGUGGGAGGUGUACUUCCCGGCCUGGGGGUGGAUGUGUGUGGACGCCACGGAUCCAGAGAAGGGCAACUGGCUCCGUUACGUCAACUGGGCACGGUCUACCCAGGAGCAGAACCUCUUUCCCCUGGAGAUCAACAGAGCCAUCUACUACAAAGUGCUGAGGCCGAUCAAACCCGGGGAGGAGUUGCUGGUGUGGUACAACGGGGAAGACAACCCGGAGAUCGCAGCAGUUUUAGAGGGGGAGCGAGCGAGCAGUUCGGGCAAGAGAAAACCCCGCAGAGCCAAGAGAGCCAGGAGGAAACGGCCAGAGACCGCCCAGCGGGGAGAGACCGCCCAGCGGGGAGAGACCGCCCAACGGGGAGAGACCGCCCAACGGGGAGAGACCGCUCAGCGGGGAGAGACCACCUGGAAGGCCGGACAGGAAGGCUUCUGUGGGGCUGAGUCCGUCACCAUGGAGAUGAGGGAUUCUGAAGGUCUGAAAGACAAGGAUGAGAGUCCUUCCCAUUCGUCAGAACCCCCAGAGACAACCCCGCCCAUGAAGCCCUCCCUGCCCGCAGAGAAUGAGGAGAAUCACAGGGAGAACCAGCGGCAGCCAAUCCAGUGGCAGAGUGGGCUGUCCCCAGAUGAGACCCAGCCAGUAGAAACUGAGCAGAUGGAUGAGGGGUCGAGUUCCCAUGCAGGUCCUGAGGUUGGCAAUGUCAGAAGCACUGAGCAGGACCCCGUGCCUCUCUCCCCUCUACCAAAGCCUGCACCCGAUGUUGAACCUGAACCCGACCUGGAGGGCGAGCCCCAGGCCGACGCCCCUUUUCCGUGCCCACACUGCGAGCGAUACUUCAGCACCAAGCAAGGCCUGGAGCGGCACACACACAUCCACGUCUCCGCGAACCUCCACACACACACCUUCAAAUGCCGCUACUGCGGCAAACUGUUCGGCUCGCAGGCGGGCCGCCGCCGCCAUGAGCGCCGGCACGAGAACGGGCCGAACAGAAUCCCCGGCGCGCUCUCGCUCGGGCCCGCCGCGCACUCCGGCGGCUCCAGCCCGGACACCACGGCUCCGCCCGGCCACCGCCUCAUCACCGACCCCCGAAAUAACGCCGCGACCUCGGAGCACCCAGGGGGAGAGAGGUGCGAGGGCGCGGCCGGGGCGGAGCGGACCUUCCCCUCGGACGAAAGCGGGGAGCCCAAGGAGCUUCACCCCUGCAAGUACUGCAGGAAGGCCUUCAGCUCCCACACCAACAUGAGGCGCCACCAGCGCAGGAUCCACGAGCGCCACCUGCUGCCCAAAGGGGUGCGUGGCAAAGGCUCCCUCCUGCAGGACGCCACUCCGCCCGGGGGGUCCCCCGGCACCACCCCCCCGCGGACGUACCGCCCCAGCCGCGGGGAGGAGGACGAGGCUGACCGCCAGGAGGAGUACGCCAUGGACAUCUCCAGCAACAUCUCGGAGAACCUCAGCCUGUACAUCGACGGGAAGAUCGCGGGCAGCGGCGUGGGCAGCGGCGCGGGCAGCAGCUGCGAGGUGAUUGAGGUGGACGCCGGCUCCGCCGCCCUGCUGGGCCUGGACACCCUCAUCAUCAGCCCGGCCCUGACGGUGGAGCCGAGCCCCUGUGCCCUGAGAGAGGCUUCUACCACCCCCUCGGUCCUGAAAAGGAGGACCGCCACCCCACCGCUCCUCCCCGGGGUUAAAACAGAGUCAGAGUCUGAGAGCUCUUCGUCAUCCUCCUCUUCCUCCUCUUCCUCCUCCUCCUCCUCCUCCUCCUCAUCGUGCAUCAUUUCGUUAGUGGGAGCUGUCCCCCCACAGGCCUCUGAGAGUUCAGCCUUUGCAAAAGAGAGGACGGCGUAUCUCUCCCCGAAGCUGAAACAGCUCCUGCAGACCCAGGACCCCCACAGGCUGACGCCCCCCGCCCCCCGCCUGUCUCUGUCCCCGCUGUCCUCUGGCGCAGGCAGGUUUAAGAGGCGCACCGCCUCGCCCCCCCACUCCCCCCAGCACAGCCCCCUGCCCAAAGCCGAAGGCUCCAGGAUUGAGGCAGGCGCCCCCUUCUCUCUCAGGUCUCCUCAGCGGGAAAGCCGUGAGGACACCGCCAGCCCCCCUGGAGCGGACCAGCCGGUGACGAGGGCGGGGGGAAGCCCCUGCAACCAGCAGCCCCUGGACCUGUCCGCCGUGCUGGGUAAGAAAGGCCAGGCUGCUGCUGCCGGCCUGGGGGAGGCAGUGCUGGACUUGAGCACGAGCCGCAAAGACUCAGACGAGCCCCAAAGCACAGGAGGCCCCGCCCCCCAGCCACUCCGGAAGAAGAAGCCCAACACCAGCAUGCUGGAGAAAGUUCUGAUGAAGGAGUACGGGGGGAUGGAGCCGGCAGGAGGCGGUGUGGCUGAUGCCCACAGCAGCCCUGUCAGUGACUCAAUGCCCGAUGACAUCACCGUCCCCUCCCCUGAUGGCUCUCCAUCACAUAUGCUGUCUCAGUCAGCUGUACCUUCCGUUUCGCCACACCCACCCCCUCCCUCGCUGACGCCUGUGAUCCUGGACCCCUCCCCUUGCACUGCGACCCGGUCGUCCCCCACCCCGCCCCCUCCGGUUCUACCCUCUGUACCCUCCCCCCUCUCUCAUCCCCAGCCCAGCGCAUCCCCCGUUCAGAGUCCCCUUCCCACAUUGUUACCUGUAACCUCCCCCGCAUCCUUGCAGUGCUGUCUGAACGACCUCUCGUCUUCUCCAGAGGCUGGUUCUGUCACUGUGAGGUCAGACUCUCCGACAGAGGACAGGCGUCCAAACUCAGGCCCUGCCAUUACCAGCCAAACAGACCCACAGUCUUCCCCGGCAGGUCCUCCCACAGACUCUGAAUCUGAGUCCAGCACUUCAGCUCCAGGUGAUACCACAGUAAUCCCGUUAUGCAUUAGUAGUAAUGAAGCCAUGUCUGCAGGUUCCAUGGUUCCUGUGGACAGUGUCAUAGCUCCCACAGCUGUACAGGAGGAUUCUGAAGAGCCUUCCUCAGACGGCACUCUCAGCUGGGAGCUGAAGGCUGAGGUACAGGAGCACCCUCACCCUCUCCAUCCCCCAGUCCUCGAGGCUUCUUCCCCUGAGACUCCUGCAGCCUUGUCAGAGAGCUCAAAGCCUCCGGUGUCACCCCCUCCUCUCACUGCUGCUGUAAUCAAAUCAGAGCAGGACGCCAAAGAGGAGCCCGACCCCAAGGAAGAGCCGGCCCCUAAGGAAGAGCCGGCCCCCGCAGACCCCUGCGCGGACGGAGCCGGCCCCGAGACGCCCCCCGAGCCGGAGCCGUUCCGCCGGAGCUUUGUGUGCAACGUGUGCGAGGCGCCGUUCGGCUCCAUGAAGGAGCUGCGGCUGCAUGUUGCGGCGCACGCCCCCGACUGGCCCUUCAAGUGCGAGUUCUGCGUGCAGCUGUUCGGCGACGGCGCCGCCCUGCUGGAGCACCGGUCUGCCCUGCACGGCGUGGGCCGCGCCUACGUCUGCGGCGCCUGCUCCAAGGAGUUCGCCUUCCUCUGCAACCUGCAGCAGCACCAGCAGCACCUGCACCCAGGCCAGGACUGCACGCACGCCACGCUGGAGAGCGGCAAGCUGCGUCCUCAGAACUUCACCGACCCCGCCAGGGGCGGAGCCGACCCCCCCGCUGCCGCCGUGGACCCCCAGCCCCCGGCCGACGGCCCCUCCGAGCUCCCGCAGCGGGAUGAGGAUGAGGAGGGGGACGAAGGCCCCGAGGAGCCAGACGACUCCGCGGAGGAGCUCUACACCACCAUAAAGAUCAUGGCAUCCGAGGGGAGCAAGCGGAGGGGGCCGGACGUGCGCCUGGGCAUCAACCAGCACUACCCCAGCUUCAAGCCGCCGCCGUUCCCCUACCACAACCGCACCCCCGCGGCCGCGGCGACGGCCUCCGCCACCGGCUUCACCGCCCACAACAUCCCGCAGACCUUCAGCACGGCCAUCCGCUGCACCAAGUGCGGCCAGAGCUUCGACAACAUGCCGGAGCUGCACCGCCACAUUCUGCACUGCGCCAGCGCCAGCGACCGCCGCCGCUACACGCCCAAGAGGAACCCCGUCCCGCUGCGGCGGGCCGCCAGCGACCCCUCCGCGCCCGCGGGCUGGGCCAGGCCGAGCGCACCCGGUAAGAGGGCCCUGACCCGCAGGAGCAGGUACGGCCGGGGGGAGGUGGAGGAGCAGGAGGUACACGUGUGCCCACACUGCCAGCGGGAGUUCGCCUACCGCAGGAGCCUCAGCAAGCACAUGGCCGUCAGCUGCCCCAUGAAGCCCGCCCCCGGGCGCCCCAAAAGCGCAGCCGAUGCCCCGGCCCCCCCAGAGAGGAACGGAGGUCUCCGCAGGAGAACGGCCGAUUCCGAAAUACAGGAUCAGGUGUCGGACCCGGGGCAAAGAGCCCUAGGCAGGACCAGGGCCCGCAGUUCUGGCCCGGUGGAGGACAACAGCGUGGACCCCACAGCCCCUCCCGGGAAGGCCAAACCCGCCCCCCCACAGGUGCAGCCGAAAAGGCCUGCCUCCUUCCCUGCUGCCCCCGCCCCCAUUGGUAAGAAGAGCAGGACCGCGCCCUCUGAGCCGCAGCCCCGCCCACCCUCUCCUGGCUCCGCCCAGCGGCCUGCCGUGAGGAUGCAGCGGGGGAGCAGGGAGCCCCCUCCGAAACAGGCAGCAGAGGGAACCCUGCCCCCCCUACAGCCCCGGAAAGAGGAGCGCUCGGCGGUGAAGCUGCGAGAGAGAGCAGGGGGGCCCGUCACCCGCAGCCUGCAGCUGGCCACAGGGGGCGCUGCUGAGGACGACCUGAACCCAGAGCCCAGAGAGACUCAGGAGGUGAGGUAGCCAGGUGGGCAUGUGGAGGAACGCCAGCAAUGCUGGGACCGGCUGUCAGGAAGAAUGCCAGGAUCCUGGCCCUGCGCUUGGGAAGAUGUCCAGGGUCCAGGAGUCUCCUAAGAGAAGACUGACAGGCCUGGCUGUCCCACAGCACAGGAGAGGCGUACCGAGGUCCUGGAUCGACCCAAUCGCAUCAGGGCAGGGUGUGCCCAGAAGCCUUGGGACGUCUAGAUAGCAGUUCAGCAUGGCAUUCUGGGAAGUAAACCUGUGCUGGGUUUGUGCAACCAUUAAAAUUGCAACCAUUAAAAUCGCAAAUGAUGCUGCCUGACCCUGAGGAUCGACAGUGGUCCACUGCAGUGUCUGUCAGGCGUGCACAACCAGCCUGGAAUCUUAGUUAGUUUAGUUCCUGUUGUGCAUUAAGUCAUGGAGUCACUUCCUUGGUUCAGCAGGACAUUUCUGUGUGUGUGUUCUCUCUAGACCCUGCACUUUGAAUACUGUGUUCAUACGGAUGAUCUAAAUAAAAUUAAGUUAAUGCAUAUUUAAUUUUUUUGUGCUCAGCAGAGAGCGAGUUAUGUGCUGCAAUAACAGCUUAUAUGCAGAGUGAUGUUGUGGAUUUGGUUGUCUUUAAGCUUUGUGAGCCGUUUGAAAAUAGACAGUGGGAGUGGGUGUGACAGGAGGGAGUCGCCCUCCCUGUCUCGGUCUGCCUAAAACCACCUCAGUGACACCUCUGACCUGUCUGCAGAUCUCCACCCGAUUACUGAACAAAUGACGUCCUCUCCAGGUGUCACCAAAGUGCUGCUUACCUCUGUCACAACUUUGUUUCAUAAGGCAGAGGGGCAGUGUUCAUUGAGCACCUUUUAGAGGAGGCGGCCACCACUGUGACAUCACAGACAUUCUGCUAUUGGCUUGAAUUCGGCUAAUGGAGGUCUAUCUAGGUUGUUUUUUGAGUGAGAAUCUUUACUUUGUUUGGAGAAGAGCCAUAAUUUAUCAGUUUCUUCAGUGGAAGCAGAUUAAACUGCAGAACUUUGAAAGCACUUUUUAGAUCCCCCUCAAGAGCCAGAAUAUUCUGGAGAAAUAUGAAAUAUCAAGAGCAUCACACUUUACAGCAGCAAACCUGGCUCUGAGAUGCAUAGCACUAAUUCUCAGCGUUGCAUUUUUCCUUUUGGUUCGUGCUUUUCUGUCUUUCGGUAAUGUUAGUGUGUUACAUGGUACUGUACAUUUUUUCAGCACAUGUUGAAUUUCUUGUUUAAGAUGGGAGGCUUGAAAAUGAAGUGUUCUGGGGGAAAAAAUGUUGUGAAAUAUUGUAAUGUUUUGCCUGAAAGCAGUAGGUAACUGGACAAUGAACUCUGACCUCUGUGAAUGAGCUGAUUGAGCUAAUCAGAAAUAUUCAUGACCUUACCUCAAACAUACUUCAAAUGCGUCUGAUUUGAAACUCUUUUCUUUAAAAGUUGGAAGGUCACGUUGCAUGGGUAAGGGCGGUAACAGCAGCCGAUACUCACGAUCAGAGCCGUUCUGGUUUGAUCGGAUGUUUGUUUGCGGUCGUGUCUUACUGAGUUUGUUACAGGUUGUCCGUAUGCGCAGCGGGUUCUUGUGAGCUCCGCUGCUGUGUGAUUGGCUGCUGUUUCAGCCAUGUCUUUAUUUCAGCUGCUCAGAAGCAUUAAAUCCUAAAUAUGCUGCAGGACUGGUGCAAUGAGACCAGUCAGGGCUUUGGUUGACUCGCGUGUGGGAUGUUGCAUCCUCUUUGGAAUUCUGGGUAAUGGGGUCCAGUCCGUUAGGGGCUACUUCACUGUUUCUGCCUCUGAAGAAAUUAUAUGAAUGAUGAGCAAUAAUGGUGUCUGACAGGCUAGUCCAGAGAAGAAAUGUAAAAACCUGAGACCUGAGGUUCAAAUGUCCAAUAUACACCAAAUUCAUUUUUCAAUUUGUUCAUUGAAAUUCUUCAUAGAAUGCGAUGGGAAAUUUUCAAAUCAUGAAUUGGAUAUUGGUUAAUUCCCUGAAUUGAAAUGAAAUUGACCCAAACUCUGAUGUGACACACUCUGUUCAGGUGGAUCUACCUCUGUGAAAGGCUUCAGAGUUCACACUGCGUUUUACUUUAUCUUCCGUUCAGACACACCACCUGAGUGUGUCGCCUGAGCAUUUCGCCUCCCUGCUCCCUGUAUUCCGUCACUACCUGCCCUCCGUCAGAGCUAAGUCCCGUCUGAUUCAUGGGUAAAGUGCUGGCAGCCUG